AUGCGUCUCUUUGCCCUUCUCAUUCUCCUCUUCGGUAUCGCGCAGACAAGCGCAUUCUCUGUUCCUGGGGGCUACGAACGCGUUCUCCUCUACUACCUGUACUCCAUCGAUGCCCAGCUCAACGGCGGCAAGCCGCAGAAGAUUGCGACUGGUUGCAGCAAGUCUAGCACACCGUGUACUCUAGAUCAACUCCUCCGCUAUAUUGCUAAAAAUCCCUCGAAUCUUCCUCAAGCCGCCCCGGCGACCAGAUACCCGGAAUUGCCCCCCAUGGACGACACAGCCAGAGCUCUUGCGACGAAAGACGCAAAUAAUUUUGAUUUCGCAGGACAGAUCAUUACGGGACGCGCGUUGCCUGGCGCCAGCAAUGAUUACAGCAAGUUCCUAACCCAGCUUGGGGAACUUGCCGCCAGUUUUGCCAGAAGGUCCCCUGAGAACGCCAACCUGCUCAAGAUCAACCUUCAAGCUAUCCGUAAUGCCCGCCGAAAUGCCCAAUUGACAACAUUCGAGGCAGUCAAAGACAAUGCCGGCAUUACCGUUGCGACAAACGAAAUCCCUCUCUACGAUGGCGCGGACGAGAAUCACAAGGCGCUCAUCAUUGAUGCCCAGAAAACUUUGACGGACAAUCCGGGGUUGACUUUGAGGGACUUGAAGACGAGAUGGAUGGCAAACACGGAGGGUGGCCAUGAUAAUAAUGUGGACUCGUUGAAGCUAACGUUGGAUGAUUGGGACAAAAAGUGUUAG